AUAUAAACAGAAUGAUGAAAAUUCAAAUUGCAUGUCGAAAUCCACAAGUCGAAACAAGGUAGAAAAGGGAAAGAAUAUCAAUUCAUCUUUCAUCGUUCAAGACGUGAUCCCUGGAAAAGCUUCAGAAUCAGAAUGGAAUGAGUUGAUUGAAGAUGAUUUAGCAGAAAAGACAUGCCAUGAUAUCGCCAAAGAUAUAGUUGAUGAAACACUCAGUGCUAUAUUCCAGAUAUAUUUAAGGACCAAUUAAUACCAUUUGCAGUCAAUCAAGCAUCUCUGUGCCUCAUGCAAUACAUUGACUUGGAGUUCAUGUCCUGCGAUCAAGGAGAGCCUUAUAUUAAUCUUAAUCCAGAGUGGUUCGAAGAUGAACUUGCUGAAUCAAGUAGGAUAGAUUCAUGGGCUCAAGGAGCGAUUUCCAAGACUUCUUAUGCAAAGAUUUCAGACAAUCUACAACCCCAAAAUAAUCAUCAGGUUUUACAAAGGCUUCAAAAUAGUCUUAUCCACAAAAAUGAAGAUGUCAGUGACAAUAAAGCUAUCCGUAAGGAACAUACUGUUGGCAUGUCCCAUAGUGAAAAUCUCCACCAAAUAUCUAUACGACAGAAGAAGCCUCAAAAACUGAAAAACGAUUUUAAAAAUGGUAAACAAAUUCCUUAA